CUCAUAUUCACACUUUUUAAGAAGUCACCCACAUCCAAAGCUGCUUGCUGUGUGAUAAUUCCCAUGGACUAUUCAAAAAAAACCAAACAAACAAGUUACAUACUAAAAUCCUCCAUUUAUUCUACAGGAAUUUAUUCUACGUGCAGCAGAAGGCCCUGACUCGGCAAACAGUUCAGAGCAGACACAUACUGUUCUAGGCAUACCAACUAUUCAAACCUCAAGAUACAAUCCAGCCUUAGCACUGCAGGCAACCCUGCAGAGCUGAAAGUCCACCGGUACAAAUGAUAGCUAUUUCCAGACGUUUUCAGUCGGAGGCUGCAACUCUACAUGCUCAAACACGCCCGCCGCAGCCCCACCGCGGGGCAGGGGGCUCGGGCUCCUCCAGCUCUGCACACUGGAAACUCCUGCUCCGUACCCCCUCGCCCCGGCUUCUAACCCCAACCUACUCCUCUCCUCACAGUCGCCCUCAGCUCGUUCAGUCCUCCACCACUAAAGGUAAGCACCCUGCUCAAUCUCAGCCCCGGUUCUUUUAGUUCAGGCGAAAUUUGCCCACGAAAGGCAGGGGGCGGCGGGAGGAGGAGAAGGAAAUAAAUCGUUUCCGGUUACUUUAAUCCCUUCAGCCGGGUUUAACAAACACCGCCCCGGGGGCCCUGGCAGCUCGCCCGGAGCCGUGAGGCCGCCAGAAAGCAGCAACAGGCGGGCCGGCCCGGCCGGCUCCCCGCAGUCCCGGGAGGCGCCCCGGCGGAGGGGCGGCGCGUUGCGGAGAGGAGGGGGCUGCCCGCCGCCGGCCACGCUCUCUGGGCUGCCGGGCCGGGCCCAGUGGCGCAGCGGGACCGCCCCGCAAGGGUCGGGGGCCAGGGGGCGGUGGGGGAGAGGGGCGAAGGCUACACACCCAGCAGGAGGCCGUCCAUGUCAAAGAUCAGAAGGUAACUCACCACUGGGCAUCAAGAUCGUUGAAAUACCAAUUGCAAAAGCAGACAUGGAAAGAGCUGUAACAGCCUCCCGAGGUGACAUGCUGGCUUAGAGAUUUGUACCGCUACUGAGUUGUGGUGCAGUGUGAAGGCAGGGGUAGCCCUGCCAGUUGACUGUAGCUGACGUGGCUGGACUUCGUACCCAUUUACCAGUGAUAAGUGCAAGCCAUCUUGUUUGAAAACUAGAGGCAGAAACUGGAACAAAUCGGUGCUGCAAGGUAGAAUACCUCUCCUGCCCUGAAGUCUGUCGUUCAUAUAUAGUUUCUUUGUAAACAGAGGUCAUGUAUAGUUUGAGUUCAUAUUCUUUCAUAGCUCAAAACAAAUUCUCUAUGGCAGGAAAUAAGCAAUUAUGAGUAAUAAUAGCAUAUGCAGUGUUGUCUUUCCCUCAUUAACUUAAUGCAACAUAUUUUGUAUAAAAAGGAAAAAAAGGAUGGUAAUAGUGUCUACUUUUGUCUGUAAGGUCCUAUCAGCUACAUUGGCAAAUUAUUUUGUAACAAAUAACUUUGUUAUUAGGUAUUGCAGUGGAGUAGAACAUUCCCUGCCUACAAGAAGUUAGGAAGAGAGCUUUACUUGAAUCAUAAAAGCAUUUUGAACAAUACAGAAAGCAGGGUGCUUGUGAAUGAAAACAUUUUCCAGCUGUGCAACGGUGGGUUUUCUCUUACCACUUAAGCUCUGGUUGUUUAAAAAGUAAUGUUAAAAGUUUAUGUAAUUUUGAUUACAGACUCUGUUUCAAGAAUCAGAUGGAAAUGAAUUGUUAAGUAGUUUUGGAGGGAGUUAGGUUCUGAAAUAAGCUUGUGGUUUUGAAGUGGCUCUAGUUUAUAUGCAGUGUAUGUAAUCUGACAAAAUCUGUUUGAUUCAAAGGUAGAAGCCUGCAAGACUCAACUGUAACUUUUAAGGUUAUAUUACAUAAAUAUAAUCUAUUCCUUUGUAAUCUGACACACAUCCCACUUGCUAACUGGGGUAAAGACAGUUACUGAGGGAACAGUAUCUAUAAGAGGAAUCACUGAGAUAAAGAGGAUGGUAAAGUAUAAUAGAGAAGUAGAAAAGGUAAGGAAACAAUCAUUACUUCUGAACAGGUUGUAUCUGCUAGGAUUAAACAGAAAGACUACAUUUGGGCAACUAUGCUGAGAAAAGGAAGAUGAAAGAGGAGAAGGCUAUUUAACCAAGUGUUGAACAGAAUCUGACCACACACACUUCUUGCUAUGUAGUUUUGCAAUGACUCAUUAAUAAUAUGGAUUCCAUAUAUCCUGUUUUCUCAUAAACGUACUUUUUGCUUCUGCCUUUAGGGUGCUCUCUAGGUGGAUUUUAGUAAGUGCAGACCUGUGGUAAAUCCCUGUCAGACCAGCAGCUGAAUCUGGUUUUAAUACCAGGAGAGUCACGUUCACCAAUAGGGAGUACUGUAUACUGCUGGCCAGUGGAAGAGCCUGCCUUGUGGGGAGAGAAGUUGCGGAGGAGGCAAGCAGCAAGGCGCAGCAGCAUCAAGAGUAGUAAUGAUAGAGUGGUAGCGAUAAUAGUACCUCAGCAAGCAGAAUUGGAGGAGUCGAGCAGCUGCGUCCAAGAGGACGAAGAUGAGACUCUUUUUAUUUCUAAUAAUUUGCCAGUGUGCCAUAAACAGUGUCAAAACACACAGUGCUUCAAGUCCCAAUGUCAUUUUACUGAUGGCUGAUGAUCUUGGUAUUGGAGACCUGGGAUGUUACGGGAACAGAACCUUAAGAACCCCUAGUAUUGACAGGCUAGCAGAGGAAGGUGUGACGCUUACUCAACAUAUAGCAGCAUCUCCACUUUGUACUCCAAGCAGGGCAGCUUUCCUGACAGGGCGAUACCCUAUCAGAUCAGGAAUGGCUGCCUUCUCCCGAGUUGGUGUCUUCUUAUUUUCUGCCUCUUCUGGGGGACUUCCUUCUGAAGAAAUAACUUUUUCCAAACUCCUGAAGCAGAGCGGUUACGCAACAGCUCUAAUAGGAAAGUGGCAUCUUGGGAUGAACUGUGAAAGCAGUAAUGACUUCUGUCACCACCCCCUCAGUCAUGGAUUUGAUUACUUUUAUGGGCUCACCGUGACCAAUUUUAGAGACUGCAAACCUGGCCAAGGCAGCGUAUUUUUAAAAGGGGUUCAGAAAUCCCUUGUCAUCCCAAUCGAAAUAGCUGGAAUCACCCUGGUCUCUUUGGCAAUAGCGCAGCACAUUGGCUUCCUCAAAGUACCUUUCCAAGCAUUGGGUUACUGCUUGUUAAUAGCCACUAUUUCACUUGUGGCUUUGGUUUUUUUCUUUUAUCAUUUUCGACACUUGAACUGCUUCUUAAUGAGGGACCAUCAGAUUAUCCAGCAACCACUAUCCUAUGAGAACCUUACUCAGAGACUGACAAAGGAAGCUGUGCAAUUCAUAGGAAGGAACACCAAUGCACCGUUUCUUCUUGUCCUGUCUUAUCUUCAUGUCCAUACUGCUCUACAUGCUUCAAAAGAUUUCAGAGGAAAGAGCAAGCAUGGUUUAUAUGGGGAUGCAGUGGAGGAAAUGGACUGGAGUGUAGGUGGAAAAUCAAUGAACUGGGAAGGAGGUAUUCGUGUGCCAGGGCUUCUCCGUUGGCCUGGGGUGAUACAGGCUGGUGUCUAUAUUGAUGAGCCAACAAGUAACAUGGACAUAUUUCCUACAGUAGUCAAACUUGCCAAGGCACAGUUACCCUCUGACAGAAUUAUUGAUGGACAUGAUCUGAUCCCCUUACUUCAAGGAAAAGUUACCCGAUCCAAGCAUGAAUUUCUCUUCCAUUACUGUAAUGCAUAUUUAAAUGCAGUGCGCUGGCAUCCAGGAAACAGUGGAUCUGUCUGGAAAGUUUUCUUCUUCACUCCAAACUUCAGUCCUGAAGACUCCAAUGGUUGCUAUGAUUCUCAUGUUUGCUUCUGCCACGGAGGAUUCAUCACACAGCAUGAUCCCCCACUGCUAUUUGAUCUCUCCAGAGACCCUGAAGAGAAAGUCCCACUGACUCCAGAAACGGAGAGCCGUUUCUAUGAAAUCCUCAAGGUUGUACACCUAGCAGUAAACAACCACAUGAGAUCCCUGCAUGCUGUCCCUGACCAGCUGUCAUGGGACAACCUUCUGUGGAAGCCAUGGCUCCAGCUAUGCUGCUCAUCUCUUCUUCAGUCUUGCUACUGUGAUUAUGACUCAGAGGAGAGCCUGCUGGAGGUGCAUUCGGUAUAAACAAGUUGCAAUUCCCUUUCAGAAAUGGGAACAAGAGAAUGUGGGUAGCUGACUUGAACCACUGUGGUGCUAGCCUUCAGAAGGUUUUAUGUAGGAGGACGCAGAAGAGUAUUUCAGUCAAGAAAAUGUCCCAAGAGAAGAAGAGCAAGCACACCUUCUCUGUCUUUGUAAUACAAGAAUCAGUAUAAAAUAUGUUGCCAUCCUCAUCCACAAAUGGCUAGGCUGUAGGCACUUUCUAGAUGAGAUAAUUUUCUAGAUCUUCAGCUUGACCUUUUUCUUACACAAGGUAAAAGGAAAUUUACCUAUAGUUUUUGUCAAUUACAACCACUAAAUGCAUACUUUCCAGUCCUUUUUGCUAAGGGACACCAUUAGUAGGACAUAGCACCAAAUAAUUUAAACUAGAGAGAUAACAGUUGAGAGGUCCACCCGUGACUGUAAUUUGGUAACUGAUAGAUAGGUAAAGAGCAGACCUGCAAGAGCAUCGCUAUGAACAAGCAUCAUGGAUAUGAAAUAAUAAACAGAUUGCCAACGAUCUAACAUUGUAUGUGCCAUAAAAAUGUAGGGAGUAUGUAGUGGAAGACCAUCCAUCCACAUUAAAAUGGUGCUCCCUAGCUAGUGUCUUAUUGCAUGGCAACAAAUUUUGUUUCAAAAAGAAACCUCUUCAAGUGCACUAAUCGUGUGCUUCAGUGUGUACCAUAUGUGUAUAUAUGUGUGUGUGUAUAAACAUAUAUACAUAUAUAUAUAUAUGCAAGCCAAAUUCAUACACCACCAUCCCAAAAACCACAAAUCCUUCAAUCCCUGCUACAGACACUCCCUUAUUGUUACCACCCAGCUGCUAAAAUGAAAGAUUUGGUCCGUACUUGAUAGCUGAGUUCCAAAUUCACAUGAUACUACAAAGAUACUUUUCACUCUCUACCUAGCAUACCUAUUCUUCCAUUGAUGAAUGUAAUGUGCAUCACAAAUAAAUAAAAUUUGGUCUUCCUUUAAAUAUCUUUGCCAUCGUUUAAGCUCUUUCAAUAGGAUCUAUCAUUUUCUGAGAAGAAGCUUGGGCUUGAGCACUUAAAGCCAAAUAUAACUGUCACUGAAUUCUUAGCAAGGCCUUGGGAAAUCUGUAGUACUUCAGGGCUAAUUUCUGUAUCAGUUUUUAUCUGCAUCUUAUUCAGGCACAUUUUCUUUCCACUCUGCAGGCAGGCAAACUAUAUUCUUUGGCAGAUUGUACCAGAGAAGAAUAUAUCAGCAAAAUACUAAAAUGAUUUGAUGCCUGAUAAUAAAAGGUGACUUGUUCCUUAUCAGAAAACACUAGUUAAUUCCAACAUUAUAAUGUAUUAUAAUCCGUUUGGUGCAAAAGUGAUCUGUGAUGAUAGUAAUGCAAUAGCUUCAGUCAGCCAACAUUAAGAUUGUGACCUGAUUCUUGGGAACUAUUGAAGCCUGUCCUAUAAAAAUAUAUUGUGAUAUAUGGUAUAUUUCUCUGUCUGCAAAACCUAGAUUUAUUUGAUUUUUCUGCUGCAGUUUCAUUCAACAUUUCAUUCUCCACACUAUCCAGAUGCUUGUCCUGGGAAAUGCUGUACUUUUUCCUUGCAGUGCUAUUUUUGAUGUUUCACCUCGUGUUCAUGAUUGUGUAUCUUAAGUAUGUGCUCUGCAAGCUCUCUGUAGGUAGCAAAGUCCUGUGUAUGCUGAUAGUCUGUCCAGGCAUUUCCCUGAUAACCGUUCAGGACUGUUUAUACUGUACCUGAAAAGCUGUCUGGUGGCCAUUCAUGUGGCAUAAUUUGCUCUUUGCUUUAUUUAAUCACUGAAUGUACUACAUAAACUUGGGAAGAAAGAUGCCAGCAGUUUGAAUGUAAAUACUCUUCUAGUGAUAGUGGCUGCCUCUUGACAUCAUGGCAGGAUCCGUACAUCCCAAACUUGGUUGUCACCACGUGGCCCAAGAACCCCUUGGGACAUGGUGCUGGUGCCUGCGUGCCACCCCCUGCAGCAGGUAAGCAGCCCAGGCAGUGGCCAUCUGCACUGAGCACCAUGGUGUGGGGGUGCUCUCUCCACCUGCCGCAGCUCUGCUGCAGCUUACACAAAACUUUUCAAGCAAAUACUCCUGAUGAAGCAUAUGAGCAAAAAUAUGUUGUGUAUUAUGUGUACGGCAGUAACUCAGACAAGGUUUUUGGUGUCAUUGAAUCUGUUUUGUUCUGAUGGUUUGCUGGGUUGUGACCUUACAGGGAGCUCAAUUUAUAUUCUCAAGGACAUCCACAUCUACUUCUUUUCAACAAGAAGAUGCUAUGUUGCUAUUAAUUCUUUUCUUUCUGCAGGUGUAAAAAAUGUUUGUUCUGUUAGGCAGAACAGCUGUUCCAUGCUGUCUGACUGAACUAUCAAAAAAUGAUGAUUUGUCUGUUGCUCUGAUUUCUUCUUGCCUGAAUAUAGCCUUUCCUUUGUAACCUCCUUGGCUUUUGGUGCCAUCUCUCUAAUCUCCUUUCUUGAAAUGUCCACACCCCUCAAAUACUUUUCCACCUGUUUCUUUGCCACUUAGUCCUCCUGUUUGCUUGUCAUAUUGAUCGCUAUGGCUAAUUCUUCCCUAGUCAGAAAAUGAAAAGUGGUCUUUGCGAGAAGAUUUUACUCUUAGGGUUCCUUGACUCUGCUAAUGUCCUACUUAUUUAAGGGCUAGCAAGGAUUAACUUUGCAUUAUGAAAUCUAAAACAUGAAAACACACCCAAGACAUCCUGAAUACCCUGAAUAAUAAGAGUUGCUUCUUGUUUGUGGCAAAAGCUUUGUAUUUUCCAAAAUAUAAUUUAUUGCAGCAUUUAAUAUUUUGACUUAAGCAGUAAAAUCUGAAAUCCAUUUUUACAAUUGUUCCUUCAAGAAAGAUUCUAUUAAGAAUAGGGCAGUAUUUUUCAUACUUUAUGUUAAAGCCAUUCCAUUUAAAGACUAAAAUAAACCUUCCCUGUAUUGCAAAUGUAUUAGACCUUUCAGUACUGUGCCUUCUGUUCUGGAGAUGGCAUGUCAGAUCAUGGUAAUUAAAGUAGUCUUGUUUAUCUGCAAAACAAAA